UACAAUUGUUAGGAUAGUCGUAACGGAUGGAAAUACGAAGAAUUUAAUGUUCAUCAAACCCUAAUCCUAGAUGAAGAAACCCUCGAUUAGCUUUUCCACACAUCUGGGUGCUCUUAUCUCUAUUUGCUCUGCUCAUAUCUUACAUCGAAUGCAAUGGCAUUUGUAUUGUUUUGGAGAUGCAUAGUUUGUUCAGGGAAAUACUCCUCAUGCCUUCCUCGAGCAAUCAAAUUUCAUUCUCCAUCAUUCACACGAGCAAUCAAAUUUCAUUCUCCAUCAUUCACAUUCGCACCAUGCUCACUACUUUCUUCUUCGUCAUCAUCUUGUUUCACACCCUCCCUCAAUAUCAUUUCAGAUCUCUUAACAAAAGAAUGUGGUUUUUCUUCUUCUCAGGUGACAACUGUCAUGAGAAGAGCACCACUGCUGUUGAGGAACAAAUCCGACAACACCGCUAGAGAAGUCAUUCAUCUUCUGAGAGAUCCUGGAUUCACUGAAAACAAGCUUACGACUACCAUUCUGAGAUACCCACUUAUCCUUACACCGAGAGCGGAUAGACAGUUGAGACCCAAGAUGGAAUUUCUGAAGAAAAUGGGUUUGUCUACUCAAGACAGCGCACAUAUUAUAUUGAAUAGACCCAGAUUGCUCAGCUUGAGUUUGGAAAACUGUCUUGCCCCUAGAAUUCUCCAUCUUGAAACCCUAUUUGGCUCAAAGGACAAUCUGUGCAAGGCUUUGAGAAUAGCGCCUCGGCUUUUGGUGAGUGAUUUCCAGAAGCAGGUGAAACCUAAAGUGGAGUAUGUGAAGAAUAGUUUAGGCACUCCGGAAGGUUCAACAGCAUUUGCGCGAGCCCUCAGUGUGGUUACAGGUGUUAGGUUUGAAACUCUGGAAGCGAAAAUUGAAAAUAUGGCAAGUCUUGGUCUGGCAGAGAAGGAAAUCGGUCAAAUUCUUAAGAAAUAUCCUGAAGCACUUCGUUAUUCAACCAAGAAAAUGAAGGAAAGCAGGUCUUGAGUCCAAGAUUGUUGCUUGGGGUCCUAAGAUUUUUAGUUUAAGCAUAGAGAAAAGGCUCAAACUCCGCUAUGAAGUCUUUAAAUAUUUGAGGACAAGUCUGCAUGUCAAGGUUUUACCUACUUUGAUUAGAUUCUUUUUGGCUAAGUGAAAGAGAAUUCCUUGCUAUGUUCAGCCAAUACAAUACUCUAAUUAAGUCUAAGGAUCAUGCAAUCUCCUAAAGCAAGCAUUUUAGAGUGGUGAUGGGAGUUUCGGAAUAAAACUAAUCCAGGUCUUUCUUUCUAAGGUUGGACCGGUGUUAAAAGGGCUUUGGAACUCAUCUAGACCAAGAUAACAAGACAAAAGAGGAGAAUACAAGGGACUGCGUUGGAAGAGAAAGCAGCACGAGGAAGACAAGAGACAGGAUUUGAAAGCAUGGGAAUGUGCGUUGAAAACAGGGGAGUUCAAUCUCCUCUUUCUGUAUUGAUUUUUUAGGACUUAAAGACUGAAUUUUAUAUUUCUUUCAGUCUAAGGAUCUCUAAAGCAGAUAUUUAGUGUUAAACAAACUUGCUCCAUUUCUUCUCUCUCUUUGAGUAUAUGUAAAUAAUCUGACCUUGUUAUAAGGUUUCAGUAUAGUAUUUGUGAAUGUGCAUCAUGUUUAAAGCAUUUAUCUUAAUAAAAUUUCCAUGAA